GCAUUUCAUCAGUGAGGGAUUGGUCUUCUUGUGGGAACAUUAGAUGCGGUGUUGGAUUCUACAUCAAAAGUUGCCCCAUUUCGCAUCCUGCAUCAGACACCAGACUCUCAAGUCUACUGGUCCAUUGCAUGCGGAUCCAGCAGAGAAGAAAUAACAGAGCACUGGGACUGGUUAGAACACAAUGUUAUGAAGACUUUAUCAGUAUUUGAUUCAAAUGAAGAUAUUACAAGCUUUGUCCAGGGAAAGAUAAGAGGUUUGAUUGCUGAAGAAGGAAAAGGUUCUUUUGUAAAAGAAGAAGAUCCCGAGAAGUUUCGUGAAGGUCUUAUGAAGUUUGAAAAGUGUUUUGGGUUACCAGAGCAGGAGAAGUUGGUUACCUAUUACUCAUGCAGUUAUUGGAAGGGCAGAGUGCCCUGUCAAGGGUGGCUUUAUCUUAGUACCAACUUCCUUAGCUUUUACUCAUUUUUGCUGGGAGCAGAAAUAAAACUUAUUAUCUCCUGGGAUGAAAUAUCAAAACUUGAGAAGACUUCCAAUGUGAUUCUGACAGAGAAUAUUCAUGUGUGCUCCCAUGGGGAAGAUCACUAUUUUUCCAUGUUUUUACACAUCAGUGAAACGUUCCUUCUCAUGGAGCAGCUGGCGAACUAUGCUGUUAGAAGACUUUUUGACAAAGAGACAUUUGAAAAUGAUCUAGUCCUUCAUGACCCCCUGCAGAUCACCAAGAGAGGCCUGGAGAGCCAUGCCCACAGUGAACAGUUUAGUGCAUUCUUCAGGCUACCCAAAGAAGAGACCUUGAAGGAAGUUCAUGAAUGCUUCUUAUGGGUUCCUUUCAGUCAUUACAACACCCAUGGAAAAAUGUGCAUUUCAGAAAACUACAUCUGCUUUGCUAGCCAGGAUGGCAGCCUGUGCAGUGUAAUCAUUCCAUUAAGAGAGGUCAUCGGGGUGGACAAGGCAGAUCCAGCCAACAGAGGAGUCAGCAUUAGUACCAAAGGCAAAACAGCUUUUCGUUUCACAGAGGUCAGGGAUUUCGAACAGCUUGUGGCAAAGCUCAGAAUGAAAUGCAAUGCAACUUCAAGUCCACAACACGUCAGUACUGAGGUUGCAGCUAGUUCUACCUCUGAGAGUCCAAAGGAUUUUGAUGUGGGACCAUCAAAGAUGGGUCAGAGAGAUAACAGCAAAACUGUCGGUACAGAAGCCCUAAUGACUGUCUACCAUCCUCAGGAUGCUGAGAAUCUAGACUCUAAAAUGUUGAAAGAAAAAAUGAAAGAACAGUCCUGGAACAUCCUCUUUGUUGAACGGGGACAUGGUGUCAGUAUGUUUCGAACAAAGAAGACUCGAGAUCUUGUUGUAAGAGGGAUACCAGAGGCGUUAAGAGGAGAGCUCUGGCUACUCUUCUCAGGUGCUGUAAAUGAUAUGGCGUCCAACCCUGGUUAUUACACUGAGUUGGUGGAAAAGUCCUUAGGAACCUGCACUUUAGCUACUGAUGAAAUUGAACGAGAUUUACGUCGCUCCUUACCUGAGCAUCCUGCUUUUCAAAGUGACACAGGAAUUUCUGCACUCAGGAGAGUUCUUACAGCUUAUGCAUACAGGAAUCCCCAAAUUGGAUAUUGUCAGGCAAUGAAUAUUUUGACAUCAGUCCUUCUGCUGUAUGCUAAAGAGGAGGAAGCAUUCUGGCUUUUGGUUGCUGUGUGUGAAAGGAUGCUACCCGAUUAUUUCAAUCGUCGAAUCAUUGGUGCCUUGGUAGAUCAGGCAGUGUUUGAGGAGCUCAUCAGAGUUCAUCUGCCUCAGUUGACAGACCACAUGUCGGACAUGACUUUUUUCUCCUCGGUCUCUCUCUCCUGGUUCCUUACCCUUUUUAUCAGCGUGCUGCCUAUUGAAAGUGCAGUCAAUGUGGUGGACUGUUUCUUCUAUGAUGGAAUAAAGGCAAUCUUGCAGCUGGGUCUCGCAGUGCUGGAAUACAACAUGGAGAAGUUGCUGACUUGUAAGGAUGAUGCAGAAGCAGUCACUGUUCUCAACAGAUUUUUUGACAGUGUCACUAACAAAGACAGUCCUUUGCCUCCAGCUGUGCAGCAGGGCUCCAGCCUCAGCGAUACAAAGAGUGACCAUCCAAAAGUGGAUAUUACUGAUUUGAUCCGAGAGUCGAAUGAAAGAUACGGUGAUAUUCGACAUGAGGAUGUUGAGAGCAUGCGCUGCAGGAACAGGCUUUGUGUGAUCCAGACGUUAGAAGCUACGACCAAGCAGAAUGUGCUACGUGUUGUGUCCCAGGAUGUAAAAUUCAGUCCUGGUGAUCUUGAAGAGCUAUAUGAGUUAUUCAAGAAGGAGCACUUUCUUUCCUGUUAUUGGAAUGUAAAUAGUCCUGUCUUGCAACAUCAUGAUGCCAGUCUGCCAUAUCUUGACCAGUAUCGGAUUGAUUGCCAGCAAUUCAGGAUUCUCUGUCACCUCUUGAGCCCCUGGUCACACUGUGCAAACAGAGACUCGCUUGCAUUGUGGACAUUCAGACUAAUGGAUGAGAGCUCCGACUGUCUGAUAAACUUCAAACAAUUUGCCUGUGUUUUUGAUAUCAUGUAUAACGGAAGUUUCACAGACAAACUCAAGCUUCUUUUUAAGUUGCACAUCCCUCCAGCUUUUACUGAAGUAGAAUCUCUAAGCCCUUCCAAGGGUGGUGAUCUUUCAAAAGAAGAACUAAUCCACUUCAGCCAACUCAGUGUUUCAUCUGUUGGGGAUAGUCUUGAACGUGAUUCUUUGAAGAGCAGCCCAGAAAAGGUAGGAAAGGGGAAGGUUGAUAUUCAGGCAUAUCUGAAACAAUGGCAAGAUGAACUUCUUAAAAAAGAAGAAAACAUUAUGGAUUUGCCAAGAAUGAAUCAGUCUCAGUUCAUCCAGUUCUCAAAAACUCUGUACAAUCUGUUCCAUGGGGAUCCUGAGGAGGAACUGUUAUAUCAGGCUAUAGCGGUGGUUACCAGCCUCCUGCUGAAAAUAGAAGAAGUUGGGAGAAGACUGCAGAGUUCCACAUCAGCAGUCAAAAGUCCAGUUGCCAUUACGGAGGUGCCUGCUGAAAUCCCCAGGAAAGGGCAGGAGGAAAGCAGCUCUGAGCAGACUGAAGGCAGCAGAGCACAGAAUUUGAGAGAGAACCAUGAAUGGUCUUUUGCCUUUGAACAGAUUCUGGCGUCCUUAUUAAAUGAGCCAGCCUUUGUCAGAUUUUUUGAGAAACCUCAUGACAUAAAAGUUAAAAUAGAGAGUGCUAAAAAUUUACAACUUAAGGCAAGAAUCAGAGUGUAAUUUUCUUUACCUUUGACUCUGAAUUAACCACGUAACGCACUUACAAAUGAAGGUUGUUACUAUGGAAUUUGAGUCUGGUGUUUACAUAUGGAAUGGAGUUUGAAGAGUUAGCUUUAAAUAUCAGAUUACUGGUAUGUAAUGUAAAUAAAAAUAGUUUGAAGCACAAUUACUUUCUUGCAUUGUUCAUAAGUUUCACUCUGAAAAAAAGUACUGAGUAAUAAACUGUCUUUACCGUGUUAUUAAAAUAUGCAACAUUGCUUGGAAAUACUGGAUGUGACCUGUUGCGAACCUAUCGAAUGACAGUUGUUACAAUGUGUGCUCUCCAGCUUCAUUUCUAAUACUGUGGUGAAAGGAAUGACUUCCAGCCGUUCUCACUUAAAAGGAGUAUCGACAGCUUAGAGGUCGUCUUCCAGGUUAGCUUAAUUAGUUAUUUCCAAACUUGCAUGUAGACUGGGAUCAAAGCAGGGUCAAGACUAAGAAUAGAGGCUGCAGUAGGCACAAGAGCAUGAGGUUAGAGAAGGAAGUUGUCUUGCUCUCAAUUCCUCUGCUUUGGUGUUACCAGUGGUCCUGGACUCUUGCAGAUUCCAGCCCCUUGUUGGCAGUUUGCAGGCUGCGUUCUGCCAGCCCGUCUCAUUUUUUGCAACAAACAACUGGUUUCCUGCUUUUCUAGCUCAGCCUAUAUAUAAGGUCUCUCUCCCAUUUUCCUUCCAAUCCUCCUACAAUACUGGUGAAAAGGAUGGAAGCUUGUUAGGUCGUCCAGGCUGCACACAGAUGCAAAAGUUAGUACAAAUUGUUGAAACCAAGGGAAAGCAGUGGCUAAAUCUGUGUGAUCACGUGGUGGUUGUCAUUCAUCUUGCAAGAGGAGCCAUUGUUGGCUUCUUAGGAGCAUGUUGAUGAAAUCUAGUUUUUCUUGUGACUGGAAAGCCCAAGCACAGACCAUCUUUAGCUGCUUCAUAGUUAGCUGAAUGCUGGCUAUUGAACAGCCAGGGACAGAUUAGUUGCUCCUUUGCCUACCCUGAGUCCAUACCUCAGCCUGGUAAUUAUUGUUUCUUUUCUAUAGCGCUCUGGAUUAUUGCUGCUCUAAUAUUUUCUAUCUGCCAGGAUUCAUGGCAACAAGAAAAUCCUCUGGAAUCUGACUUGAAAUUUUUAAUAUAUAAAAAAAUGAUAUAGUAAAGAUCCUGUGCAGGCAAGCUCUGCCAGUGAUAAUGCUGAUAAAUAUUGACCUUGAACCUGCAGUAGCUGGUGCUAGAAUGGGUUUAGAGAAGGAGGGGAAGACCUUGUAUUUUAACAGCAACAAAAAAGUAAACUGGGACUCUGCUAAACUAGUUUUAAAAGGCUGUUUCUAAAGCCUGUGUGACAAUCUUUCUCUGCAGAGCAGCAUUAUUUUUGUACUGUGCAUGUUUUUUGUAAAGAAGCAGAAUGGGGAUGGUAUCAUUCACUGGCACUUUUCUUGCAAUACUAAUAUGAAUAAAGAACAAAAUGAAAUUCUGACUUGUGUUAUAAACACUUGGUGAAAUACCAUCAUUGCAAUCGGUGUUAAAGUUCCCAUGCUACUUCUGAAGAAUACAGUUUUGAUCGGGAGCACUGAAUUUAUGAAUUAUUUCUUCUGUUCUCCCCCAUACUCUCAGGUAUUAUUGUAAAAUAAAGUUUUAUUGAAUGAACAGUAACUCCAAAAACUAUAUCAUAUAUGUGAGAAAUGAAGCUUUUUUCAGAAGCCUUCAUAAAGUAAUUACCUUGAUAGAAUAUAAUACUGAUUUGUAUUUUUAUGUGUAAAAUAUAAAAACUAAUUCAUACGGAUGUGUUUCUGAGGCAAAGCAGGGCAACACUGUGUUACUUUUAAAAUGUAUUUACUCACUGUUUUCCUAAUGUUGUUUUAGUAAUACAGAGCAGAUGAUGUAGUUGUUCUAGUCCAGGACGUACUCAGAUAAAGUUUGCUCAGUGAGUAAUAAUUCUGCGAAUAGCUAUACUGAAAUUAAUGGAGCCCCAUGAAAAUAGAUGCAGCUGCCCAUCCAAAAAGCUUUUGCAGGUUUAUGAUGGAUUAUUAUUCAUUUCAAGAAGCAGUCAAAGCUAUGAACUAUUUGCUAAGCAGGAGUGCACAGAGAUAUGAAAGUCUUAAAACUCAAAGACAUUUUUCAGUUGAGAGACAAGAUGUUAAGACCUAAGUACCGAAGACUCUACUGAAGGCACCUGCAAAACACAAUCGCCUUGUGACACUAGUUGGUUUGGUUAUGCAAAACUGAGCAGCUUUUUAAAACACCAUUUUCUAUUAGUUUAUUUCAAUUCAAUCCAAGAGACUGUAGGGCCAUUAGCAAUUAUGUAGUUCAUCUCAGCUAUCAUAUCUAUGUAUAAAGAGAGAUUACCAGCAUAUAUAUGUAUAUAAAAAAAACAGAUUUUAAGGUGAGAAGUUAGGAUAUAUAGGGGAACGCUAGCUUUUAGUAACUGCAUGGAUUUUCUGUUCAGUUUGUUUCUAUUUUUUUCCAAAAAGGGUAAUGUCUUUAAAUCAUUCCUGUAAUACACCUGCAGGUUGAUCCAGCAAGAGUAGUCAGAGUGGCAGGGCUCAGCAGGCCAGAGGCUGGAGCAAGGUCACUCGCUCCACAGUGUGCCAUAACACUGAGGGACACUUGUGCUUUGCUUGUGGCAGGGUAACUCUGGAGUCAGGGUCUAGCUCCUUCCCUUCCUGCUGUGGAGGUCGGCUGGCUAACAGAUACGUGCAGGAUCAGCUGGGACGGGGGAGCUGGAGCAAUAGAAGCUUUUGCCCGCUCUUCAGUCCCAAAGGGUGAUGCCUUGACUUUAAAGCCCUGGGGCCUUAUCUGGGCACAGAGAUCGCCAUGCGAUACAGCUUUUUGGCCAUCUGAAGUUCUUGGUGAUGCAAAGCUGAUCCCAGCUUGCCAUCGUGGUGCAUUGGGGCGCUGCGGGUGCACACAUGUGUUGCAGGAGGUCGGCUGCCCCUGUAGCUGGGAAUUCAGAAGUGCUCACAAGAAGUCUGGCAGUUGCACAGCAUCUGACCCAGAAUUACUCAGCUACUCCCCAAGCAGGGGACUUUCCAUUCAAAUUGUAACAGAAGUUUUUAGAAGUAUUUCUGAACUUUUGAACAGUUCAUUCACAAACAGGAAGCAGCGUGGUUGAGUACUGAUGUGUCAUGUCACGUAUCCGUCCUUUUUUUCUAUAACAAUUUUCAUGAAGUUAUCUGUCUUUUAUUUUUUCGGUUCAAUCAGAAAAAACUAAAUGAAUGUGCAUCAUUCAGUACAAACUAGACAGUUGUAGGUAGGAGAUAGAUUGCUAAAACUAGUGAUGCUGUUUAUACAGUUUUAAAAUUGCACUACCUGCUGCCAUGUCACCAGUGUGACUUGGCAGCUCUGCCAUGGUUAUUUAUCCCAAAACAUUCUCAGUGGCCGUUAGUGUUCACUGCACAGUCCCUUCUAGUGGCUAGGCCAUUAUUAUUGUUGCUAUGCACAUAAGAUGCCUUUUGUCGUACGUAACCCUUAGCCCAGGGGGAGGGCUGGCAGAGCUCUGAUGCUCCCUCUCUCUUGCAACACAGCAUGUGCUCGGGGAGCCUGUGGCCGUUCCCCAGCUCCCAGAGAACAGCAGCAGCCCUGGCCGCCCCGAGGAGCGGGCUGCUCAACCUCGCUGUGCGCCCAGUUCAGGGCUGGAACACAUGAGGGGAGGGAAUAGCUCAACUAAUAGUAAUAAAGGUACGAGCCCUUUCUACCAGGGGGAGAACUGCUUCUAAAUCAACCAGUAGCAUUUCCCAGGAUAUGGAAAUGGUCACUGCCAUGUGAUUCAGAAAAAGUACUCUGUUGUUUCUAUCCAUUCCUAAAGCAAGCCACUUGUUCAUCACUCUAAUGUCUAGAUUAGAAUGUAUUUUAGAAGAGUUAGCUACCAUAGAGACUAAGAAAUAGCUGUGUGUUGAUUUUUUUUUUUUUCCAGUUGUUAUCUGGACUAAAACAUAAAUAUAUAUUCUAAUUUGUUUCCAGAAAAAUAGGCUACAUUGUCUUUUUUGCUAUAGCUUUGUCACUUUACCAAGAAGGCAACACAUGUUUGUGUUGGCAGGUUGGCUUUUUAUAUAAUGUGUUGUAUGCAGAAGUACUGUAAGACAAAUGGGGUGUUAAAUAAAAAUGUGUUUCACUUGAGAAAAAAAAAAAUCUGUGUUUGAGGCACUAUUAUUUCUCGUGAUGCACUGCUUCAGAAGUUCCUUUAAGAGCACUGGUCAUGUUAAAGCUAUGUUUAGCGAGUGCUUUUCAAAGCAAGGACCAAGCCAAAAACCAUGCUAAGGUGACAACCUCCCCAGAAGUGUGGGAAAAAUGAAGAGGAAACCCAGAUUUUCAAGCCUAGGCCUAGUUUAACUUGCAUAGAGCCUGGGCUUGCUUCAGUGCCCAGUGGGCAAGUGCAUUAGCCCAGAAGAGUACCGUUAGGUGGUUUUUGCAUCCAAAUUAAAACAUUUACAGUGUGCAGACUUGUCUACACUGACUCUGAAGCCUUGUUCCAAUUUAUGUGCCCCUAUUGCUUCUGGCACUGGCCCUGGAAAUCCCCGUCUCCAUCUUGAGCCCCGUCCCUGCAGCUGUUUUUACACAUAUGCGAUGGCUGCUGCUCAUGUGCCUCCUGUGGAGCAGGGAGCAGAUUCUGAUCCCCAUCGGACCCAUACCACCCAAGGAAUAACAACAGCACAGAGUGUAUAAGAGGUCUUACAAGUAGUAUUUUAUUUCUUUUUUUCUUUCUUUUUUUUUUUAAAAUACUAUGUACAAUCUGUUUAAAGCUUGUUAAAAUGCAUGGGCUCCCACUCAAUGGAGCUGUGCAGGGACAUAGAGUCAAGACAAAUAAAAUCUUUACUGUUCAUCUUCAUAAGACACUUUCUUUUUCCCAUUACAAAAUACUUUUAAGAAUAGUAACAUUUAUAAAUGUAUCUAUA